GGCCGAGUAUCUUUUACAAAAAUACUUCUUGUUUUAUUUCAGAAUGUUAAGCAAAACUAAAUAUGAUUAUAACAUAUCUUCAAAAUUAUCUCAAGUUAUGGACGAUAUUGGUGUAAACAAGAAAUUGGUGAUGAAAAGAAGACAGACAUUUAUGCUGAAUGAGACUAUUACAACAUUAAUAGACAGGUUAAUUGGAGAGGAUGUCACCACAUAUGUUCUAGGUAGUCAAAGUGAAGGGUCUGUUACAAAAGGACUUAAAUCUGAUUAUGAUAUACUAGCUUGCGAUAAUGCGUAUAAUGUGAUACAGGAUAUUCAUGACUUUCAAAAUGGCAAGCACAACUAUCUUAUGGUCAAAGAUAAUAACACAACUAAAGGAUACUGUUAUCUCCAGCUAAUCGAAUCCAGUCAAGCAAAGACUGGUGAAGGUAAUGUUUUCAGUUAUCCAGAGAAUUUGGUUUUGGAAAAUACAAAAAAUCACUGUCUUGUUAGUUUGAAAUAUUUUAACGGAGCAGAUAUACAUGGACCCGCAAUAAGCACACAAAGAGAAAAUAGAUUUGAUUAUAUGGAUAUUGUAAUUGCUUAUCCUUGUUUUUCAUGGCCACGUUCAGCAUGUGAUUGGCUACAGCGACAAGGAUUGGGUAGAUGGCCAACACAAGAAAUGAAAAAGGAUUGUGUAAGUAAGGGAUUUUUCUUAGCUCCGGUUGGAAGUAAAAUCAGCAAAAAUCCGGAAAUUGAAUGGAGAAUAUCAACUUCAAUUGCAGAAAGGUGUUUAAUGUUUAGUUUGAACAUAACUCAAUUACGCUGUUACGUUUUAAUGAAAAUGAUUGCAAAAUCAUAUUUAACUUUUGACGAUGACACUAAAAUUUCAAGUUUUAUGUGCAAAACAACAUUGUUUCAUUGCAUAGAAAGAUCAGAGCCCGGAAUGUGGAGAGAAGAUAAUUUAUACAUAUGUGUGUUUGUCUGUCUGCUACAAUUACGGUUCUUUAUAUUAAGUCAGAAAUGCCCACAUUUCAUUAUUACUGAAAAUAAUUUGAUGGCAGGUCAGUUCACGGGCGAGGAACAGCUUGACCUGAUUGGCACACUUAAUAUUCUAGUAAACACGUAUGGACUUGGAUUAUUCGGUAUUCAAAUUGACAAUCUAGGUAAAAGAUUAAAGAUAAAACUGAAAAUGAUUGGUAUGAUGAUCGAUUCAAGUGUUCAGUCUCAAAAAGAAAUCAGUGAGUAUAUAUGCUUCAAUCUAAAUAUUUGGUUCUUUGUUAAUGUUAUACAAAAGUAUAAACAUCUGUCAAUGGAAAACAGAGAAACGGUAACAACAUAUAUCCAAAAACUGAACAAGGUUAGUGAAAAGGGUAGCGAAUUAGAAAAGAAAGCAUGCACGUUUCUUUUACCUGAGAUUUACGCAACAUUAGGAUCUGUGUUGGCCUCGUCCAACAUUGGACAAUUUAUCCCUGUUUCACAUGAGGCUUUAAGUUAUUUUGAACAAUAUCCAUACAAUAGUGUUUCUACAACACUUAAACUAGCCUCAGUAUAUUAUUGCUCAGAAAAUUUGGAAGAAUGUGGAGACAUUCUAAGGCAUAUUGAAAGUGAUGUGGAAUAUAAGAAAACAACUCUUAUAUACCCCUUCUGUCAAUGCUAUCCACAUCCACAUUUAUCAACAAGAAAAUUCGUAGCAUUAUGUUAUAAAGAUGUUACUGAAAUCCAGCCAAAUAUAGGGUAUUGUGUACGUUUCCAUAAAAGUGAAUUUAACUGUAUUCCCCAUGAACUACAAUAUGAACUGUUCAGAUCUAGUAAAAAUGAUAUGCAGCACAGAGACGAGCUAGAUGAAAUGUGGAUGGACUUAUCGGUGGUUGAUUAUCUCCCUUUCUUGUAUUUCCUAAAAUACAAAGUAUAUAGACAUCAAAAGAGAACAAAAGAAAAAAGACUAGCUUUGGCCAAACUUACAUAUACUUGCACAGAAAACGCAAUUCUUUAUCACAAAGAAACAGCUCUAAAUUUACUUGGACAAUGUUAUGAAGAUCAAUUUGAUCAUCAAGAAGCUUUAAAAUGUUACCUGUCUUCACUUCUUGUAAGAAAAAGGAACAAUGUUGCAGUAUGGCAUAUAUGCAAACUACUCGCCAGAAUAAUGCUAACGAAAUACAUUUGCUGAUGCACGAGUUAUAGUAACAUGUAUAUUCUUUCUCUAGAUUUCUACAGUAUUUAGCUCACUUAAAUAUGUGACAAUCAUUAAACAGGUUUUACGAAGGAAAAAACUGGUUAUUAGAUUGAGGUAUGUCGGUGGGAGGACGGGCGUAAACAUUUUUUUCUGUGCGCAACUCCUCCUACAUUUCUUAACGGAUUUUGACCAAACUUUCACAGAAGCUUUGUCAAGUGCCCUGGUGCAGAUUGUCAGGGUUUUGUGAUUGGAUAAUAUUUGACCUAAUUAUGGCCCUUUGUUGUUUUUCAUUAUAUAGAAUAUAUAGUGAACAAUUUCUUUUGUGCGCAACUCCUCCUAAAUUUCUCAAAAAAGGAUUUUGUUUAAACUUUCACAGAAGCUUUGUCAUCAAGUGUCCUGAUGCAUAUUGUUGGUGUUUUGUGAUUGGAUAACUUUUGACCUAAUUAUGGCCCUUUGUUGUUUUUUUCCUUAUAUAGAGUAUAUAGUGAACAAUUUGUUCUGUUGUGCAACUCCUUCUACAUUUCUCAAGGGAUUUUGUUCAAACUUUCACAGAUUAGCUUUGUCUUCAAGUGCUCUGAUGCAUAUUGUCGGGGUGUUGUGAUUGGAUAAGUUUUUACAUUAUUAUUGCCCUUUGUUUUUUCCAUAAAAUUUAAUUAUUAGUGUAAUAUAUCCUUUUAAUCACAACAAACUUAAUUUAGUUAUUAAACAGAAACUAUCUAGGUUGCUGCAUGCCUGCCAGCUCAUUCUGCCUGCUUUUGGGUCCUGUAGAGUCAAGGUCAAGGUCAUUGUUGCUAAAAAUAGAAAAUCUGUUUCUAGUCAGGUCACUGUUACUAAAAAUAGGAAAAAGGUUUCCAGUCAAUAACUAGUUUGGAAUAAGAUAUUUUUAUGAAAUAUGGUGUAAAGCAAGUUUUUAUAAAGACCUCACUUGGGAUGGCUUUUUGACCCCCUAGGGUCAAGGUUACAGUUGCUAAAAAUAGAAAAUUCAUUAUUCAUGAUUUAUAUAGCACAUAGUUACAUUGUUUGUUGCUUGUAUUUCAACUACAACAUAUGUAUCUACAAUGAUGAUAAUUGAAAACCUGGUUUUGUGGCAUUGCCAUGUUUCUUGUUUCAUAUUAUAAUUAUAUGAUUAAGCUAGACAUACCUGUAAGGGCUCACACUAAGGGCUCACACAGAGAGAAGACGCAGCUAUCAGCAGCCAGUGGUCAUAUUUUAGAGUAAGUAAUGUCGAAUAAUAUCGCAAAAAUAUCAGUUUAAACGGGGAGGUAGCGGGUUGGGUGUGUGAGCCCUUAGUGAGUUUUAUGUGGAUGAAAUCAUGAUUAACCUUCACCUUACAGGUAAGUCUAGCUUAAUCAUAUAAUUUCAUCCUACAUAUAAACUCACUAAUGGGCCCCACAGAGAUUUUAGAGUCCUUUUUGCGAUAUUUUGGAAAGGACAUUACGUGCCGUCCUACGCCAUGUAGUAAAUAUUUAUCUUUCAUGUUAUUAUGAAGAACAACGAUUUAAUUUAAAGACAUAAAGGUCUUUUUGUAUUUUGCAAUUCGGUAAAAACACAUGUUUUUCAUAUUUUUACAGAAUGUAAAUGCCAUGCACAACUAAAGUAAUUAA